GGUAACCAUACAGACCAGAAAGAGGAACUGAGGCUUUCAUUUGAAGUUGAAAAUGAGAUCUGCUCUUGCAUUGCUUCCUUUGCUCUUCCUUUUCUUGUUUGCUAGCACUGUAGAAUCAAGAAAAGAUCAAGGAGAAUAUUGGAAAAUGAUCAUGAAAGAUGAGGAAAUGCCCGAAGGAAUUCAAGGCCUUCUUCAAUUGAAGUCUGAGAUUAAACCAGGAAAGAACUCCGAACACAAAUGUGAUGAAGAGCAUGUGGUUACAAACAAUGAAUAUAUCAUAGAGAAAAAGGUGUUCACCGAAGAAUUGGAGCCAAGAUCCAACAUUUCAGCUUAUGAUGAUGACCAUGUUGACACAAAGGGAAAUAAGAAAUACAUGGAGGAUUUGGAACCUAGGCCAAACUUAUCAGCUUAUGAUGAUGACCACGUUGAUAAAAAGGGGAAUAAGAAAUACAUGGAGGAUUUGGAACCUAGGCCAAACCUUUCAGCUUAUGAUGAUGAUCACAUUGAUACAAAGGGGGAUAAGAAAUACAUGGAGAGGAUUUGGAACCUAGGCCAAACGUUUCAGCUUAUAACGACUAAGUGAAGAACAAGAGUUGAAUGAAACUACACCAACUAAUGCAGUUCCAAGGAAUAGUUGUGUGUUGUGUGAGUGUAUCCAAUAAUUGGUAUGGUGCGAUGUUGUGUUGUGUUUUCUCAAUUUGGAUGUCUUUUUGGUUUGUCUUUGUACUCUUGUGCUAUGUAUGCAUUAAUAUUUUUUGGCUUUUAAAAUAAAAUAAAAUUAUGGCUGAUGUAUUUGGAACCAUUUUAACAAUAAUGGGUGAUUUUUCCUGUUUAUA